CUAUAUUCCAUUUAGGUACAUAUCAAUACUGGUCUCGCUCUCUCUCUCUCUCUCAAAAAAUCUUGUUCAAUUUCCCCUCCCCCUCCCUCUCUCAGCUUCAAACCCAAAAAAAAAAAAAAAACCUCGCUCUCGCAAACUAACCAGACACCCCCCCCCUCCUUCCAUCCCACGCACGCCGCAGCAAUCCGGCUCUCGAUUGUCACUUAAUUGCGAUCCUACCCCUCGCUCUGCAACUUCCUCAUCUUCCGAAAAUGCCCUUCCAUCGUCGCGUUUGACUUCUUUUCCCGUAACACCCAACAAGAUGGAAUGGCUGGUUUCUAUUAUGUGAAACGGCUCUUCUUUUCUUCGCCCGGUUUCUUCCAUAAGAUUCCGUUGUCAUUUAAUUGUUGAAGAAAUCUAAGCAAUCAAACUGUUUUGAUCACCAUAUCUUGCGAGAGUUUGGAAAUUUUGAUGCCACAAGCUAUUUUCCAUAAGUAUUGUAAAUGGAGCUGAAAGUUUCAACACUAAAGACAGGUGGUCUUUCUCCUGCUGAUUGCAUUAGCGAUCCUGAGGAGAAGGAAGUCAGUGAUGAGGAUGAUGAUGAUCGCAACCAUAAGCAUCGUAGACGGGAGAUACGUUCUCAAUCUUUGGAGAGAGAUUCUCUGGAACCAGUUUUCACAAGGCCAUACAGGAAGCGUAACAAACCAUUUGAAAAUGGGCAAUUUUACCAGGAAAAUGACUAUAACUCUGUUCCUCUUGAGAAAGGCUUUGCCACAAAGUUUGAAAGAAUACGACCUGGCUUGGUGUCAUUACCUCGAAUGCCUGUGGAUUGGAAUCAAAGAAUCAGGUCAAACCAAACAUUUUAUGGAGAUCCUGGUCUUGGCAGGGGAAGAGGAAGGGAGCCUGUUUCUUGGAACCAACAUGAUUCUAGGUUCAGCCCAGUUGACAUUGCUUCUCAAAUGGUUCACCAGGGGCAGAGCCUCUUUAAUGGGAGGGGUUUGGCAAAUGUUUCAAAUGCACAGAGUGCAUCCUGGAAUGCAUAUGGUUUAUUUCCAGGAAUACCAAAUGGUGGCCUGGAUAAACUCCGUCCCAUUGGUUUGCAAGGAACUCUCAGACCAGCAGUAACUUCUUCAUUGAACAUGGGCAUUCCUCAACAAAGGUGUAGAGACUUUGAGGAGCGUGGAUUUUGUCUAAGAGGGGACAUGUGUCCAAUGGAGCAUGGUGUCAAUCGUAUUGUUGUUGAAGAUGUUCAGAGCCUUUCACAGUUUAAUCUCCCUGUUUCACUUCCACGUGCCCAACUAGUUGGAACAACUGCUAGACCGGGGGCUCUCCCAACUGUUGGUGCCCCUUCAGCCACAUUGAUAAAUAGCAAAGGAAUGCAUAGCAAAUGUAACAAGCCUGGAAUAGUCAAUGCUGGAUUGGGCUUCAAUGGUGCACAUACUGGUUCUGCUAAUGUGAGUGGAGGAGACUUGUAUGAUCCAGAUCAACCCCUGUGGAAUGACAGUGUUCCUGAAACUUCAAGUGCACUCAUAGCACCACAUUCACCUAAAAUUGAUGAAAUUGAAUCCAUGAUAAGUAUUGAUUCUUUUGAUCACAAUCAUGUCAGUUUACGUGGUGGUGCUGAUAAUGAAUGCCCAAUUAGAAGCACUGGGAUUGCUGUGCAUUCACAGAGUUUGAAUUCUUCUGUUUGGGGUAAAGUCAGGGCUUCGAACAAUAGAUUACAUGUGAAAGAGAAAACCGAUUUGACUGUAAGUAUGUUAAAUAAUAUGGAGAGUGAGUCCAAGGAAAAUCAGGGUGGAUUAGCCAAUGUUCGUGGUACUUCCCGUCAAGGAAAACAAAUUAAUUUUGAGGAUUCUAGCGCAAAAACCAUAGAUUCACCUGUCAAGACACAAAGCAACACCAUGCGCCACACACCAAAACCAUCUCAAAAGGCACUGCGUACACUAUUUGUCAAUGGCAUUCCACAGAAAAGCAACAAAAGAGAGGCUCUACUUUCUCAUUUUCAAAAAUUUGGAGAGGUUAUUGACAUUUAUAUUCCAUUGAACACUGAGCGAGCAUUUGUUCAAUUCUCAAAAAGGGAAGAGGCAGAAGCUGCUCUAAGGGCACCUGAUGCUGUAAUGGGCAACCGUUUUAUCAAGCUGUGGUGGGCUAAUCGUGAUAGCAUUCCUGAUGGUGGCGCUGGCAGUAGCAAUAGUGUAUCUGUCACACCCCGGGGUGUGACUUCUACUUCAUUUCCACCCCAUCUGCCUAUUGGUAACAGUGGAAAAGAUAAUCUUCAGUUGUCUGUUUCAAAGGCUACUGCUGUUCCUCCCUCUGUUGCUUCUGUCCCUGCCAUCGAUCACUCUAAGGUCAUCACGACAAAUGUUCCAAAGGUUCCACCUCCUAUGCAGAAGCUAGAGAGUUUAGAACAAUUGAAGGAGGAGCUGCGCAAGAAGCAGGAGCUGCUGGAUCAGAAGCGGAAUGACUUUCGGCGUCAGUUGGACAAGCUUGAGAAACAAGCUACAGGAGUCAAGGGUGAGGUAACAGCAGAGCCUGCUUCGAAGAGACACAAAACCGGAAUAACAGCAUCUGAUAUUGUCAAAGCUGCUACUCCGAGGUCUGCUGAUCCAGGUUCUGCGUCCCCACAUGCUGAAAUGGUGGAUAAGAACAAAACAGUGGAGAAUGUUGUGUCAUCUAGUAGCAAAACAUGUGUAAUGACGGCUCUGCAGGAUUCUGCAGGCUCAAAGCAAUCAAUUCAUCCUUUAGCACCUGUUGGGCCUCCUUUUCUGAUGAAUAAAUACAAGUUGGACAACCGACCUACAGCAUUCAAAAUUAUUUCACCUUUACCAGCUGGUUUGGCAAAUGUUGCUACUUUAAAGGAAUACUUCUCAUCAUAUGGCGAUCUUUCUGCUGUGGAACUAGAAGAUGAGCCUAGUGAUUAUGAUGGUGUUGGAUCUGAGACACUGAAAAAUUGUUCAGCUUGUGUGACUUUCACAACUCGCCGAUCAGCUGAGAGGGCUUUCCUAAAUGGUAAAUGUUGGCAAGGCAAGAAUUUGAAGUUUGCGUGGCUGACAUCUAGCACUUCUAGCAAUGAGCGGGGAAGUGGACAAAAUUCAUCUGCUCCCAAUUGUCUUGUAGAUACUGAUCAGUCUGUUGAAAAACUAGCUUGUUCGGAUUCCCAGGAAGCUUCUGCAUCAGGAAAUGGAGGACCAGAAAAUUCAGAGAUAAAUAAUGGUACUGGCCCCAUAGAGUUGCAUGAAGUUCUCCAGUGCCAUUCAGCCUCAAUAUUAGGUGAGGCAGAGUCACCGAAAUGUGAGCCUAGUCCAACAUCAAUAUCUCAUGAGAAAGAGUCGACAAAAAAGGACCCUAGUCAAACUGCAAUGUCAGAGAAAGAGACCCCCGAAGGCAUUGUCUGGUGAUGGGUUGAUUGACAGACUUGUACAGUGAGGUAAUUUGCUUGAAGAUGAAUCACUGGAAACCAAUAAAGAAGCUGAAACUACAAACUUCACCAAACUAGAAAGCAGCCCCACCAGUUUUAAACUUCCAAAGGAAUGGAACUUCUCCAAGAAUCAUCAAACAAAAGUUGUGAUUAGGAAUGAAGUAAAUAAUAUGGCCCUUCUUUCUCAACCAGAGCCCAAAAAGUUGAAAAAGCUCUUAUUGAUGAAAACUGGAUAGAAGCCAUGCAAGAAGAACUAUUGUAAUUUGAAGAAAAUAAGGUUUGGACUCUUGUACCUAGACUUGAAAAUAAAUUUGUUACAGGCAUUGAAUGGAUUUUCAAAACAAAUAUGAUGAAAAUGGUAUCAUAAUUAGACAUGAAGUUAUAUUAGUAGCCCAAAGUUAACGAUAAGAGGAGGGAAUAAAUUUUGAUGA